AUGGUUAUAGUUUAUAGUUGUGAUAUCGCCGGACAAUGCACACAACAAACCUAUGACAAAGAAACUGAUGACAAAUAUGCCAUUAUAGAACUCAAUUACAUGCGCUGGCUUGUUGGAUUCGAAGUUCCAACUGUUAUUACUAACGAUUUUGAUGAUCAAGUCAUCCAAUGCGCAAUGAACUGUGCUUCAAAUGGAAGAUUAGAGCAUUUUCCAGCAAGCGACUCCAGAUGUUAUACUGGUGCAGCAUUAGAUGGCUGCUCAACUUCAAAUCUUGCCGCAAGUACUGGUCAACUUAACGCUGCUACUGCUUUACAGAAUCUCAUUAAUGAUUUUGGCGAUGGUAACUUGGAAGUUGGACACAGAAGAUGGAUAUUAUCUCGAACACUUAAAAGAACUGCAUUUGGAGGAGCUUAUGAUUCACAACAUCUAAAUAAUUUUGGUUAUGCUGUAGCACAAAAGACAAAUUUUGGCGAUAGUGAAAUAGAACAAAUUCCAUUUACAGCGUAUCCCCCUCCAGGAUAUUUCCCAGCACAAUUUGUAUACAACAGAUUCAGCUUUUGGUCCCCAGAUUUUCCAAGUAACUCUCCAAUAAACAUUUCAGCUAAAAUUAACAAUGAAGUUCAAAACGUAACUUUGCGUAGAUUUGAGAUAACUGGAUAUGGAGAUCAUGAUCAAGGAGUAAUGUUUUCAUUAGGUGGUUAUGGCCGUAGCUCAUAUGAUUCUCCAUAUCAUCAAAUUGUUAACAAGAGAAUUGACAUCCAAAUCAAGUGUGCAGACAAAGUCUACGAUUAUACAAUAUAUCCUAUUGAUUGUAGUGAUAAACCAAUGCGAACACCAGUUCCAACAAUCGAAGGUGACGAUUAUGACAAACUUGACAUUGGCGAAGCUCCAAAACAAAAACGCCAGAAGAAAGUUGCUAUUGGUGCUGGUGUUGGUGUUAGUCUUGUUGUUAUUGUUAUCAUUAUUCUUGUUUUAUUUAUUGUUUUUCGUCAUGGUUGUUCACAUAAUCACGACAACGACGAAACCAACAACAACAACAAUAACAAUGACAACAAUGAUGAUCAUUCUGAUAGUGGCGAAAACCAUCUUGAAGAUGCAUAA